ACAUGGGUGAGUCCCUGCUACCACCUCACCCUCAGGUUGCUUUUUUGGCUGAACAAGAAGGCUUCUCCCAGGCAGGAAGGGUGGGGCACAGAGACGUGAGCCAAUGUGGAUGACCUGGGGAGGGCUUUGCAGUUGAAUCUCCUGAAAACGGCAAAGAAGUGCAGACCUCCGGGCAGUCUAGACUCAGAUUCUGUAGACACUUCCCUUUGGCUGAGCCAAGCCAGGGUUGCUCAGAAACUGGGGUCCUUGAGAUUGGAUUCGAUUGGAAGGAAAGACACAGGAUUGCAAUGUGCCGAACUCUGUGAGGACCAGGGUUUAGCUUGAGUUCCCCAGUCUGUCCACGAGGUCCAAGCCUGAGAUCACUACGGCAACCACAUGUCAGGAGGAAGACUGGUCAGCAACGCAGUGACCGUGCUGGAAUAGUUUUGAAAUAUUUGAACUAUUCUAAUGCAAACUCUUCUUUCAGUGAUAUUUCACGUUGUAUCUUACGUCACUUUAUUUAUGCAGAUGUCAUCUUUCCAGUUGACAUUUAAUUGGUGUUUAAUUUGGUUUAAGUUGCUAAUAUUGUGUAUGUAUCUGAGUCUAGUGUGAGAAUCAUUACUCCAUGCCUGUACAUCCCACACCAAGGAAACUUUUUUGAGUGAGGACGCUGUGCCGUGCUGAGUCUGUGGCAUGCCUUGGACAUAAGCAUAUAGCUUGCCUUCUCCAGCUUGGAGGAAAAGUCUUAGAGGAAUGCAAAGGUGGAGGGGCCCUCUGAGAAUAUGGAGCAACGACAGCUCUGUAUCACCCCUCUUAUGGAAAAACCCAGAAUAACUACCCAUGUUUUCUGUGACCUUAGAUUGUGGAGGAACCGACAGAUGUCGAUUCUGCCAGCCACUCCUUCCCUAGUGGGCACCACACCCUUGCCCCCCAUCCUUCCUGGGCACCUGGUAUUCAGAUGCUAGGGGAAUAUUAAUCAGGGUCCAACUAGGAAAACAGAAACCCUUCUCUGCAGUUAACAGAGAGGGAAGUAAAAGCAGGAUGGUGCCCCUGCACUGGAUCCCGGCACAGGCAAAGAACAUUAGUGGAAAGGUGAUGAAAUCCAAAUAAAAUCUGUCAUUUAAUUACUGUAGCAGUGUUAAUUUUUUUCUUUCUGGCGGAUGUGCUGGGGUCGUGUAAAGCAUAAACAUUAGAGGGAUCUGAAUGAAGGGCAUAUGGGAACUCUCUGUAUCUCUGCAACUCUUCUGCAAAUUUAAAUUUAUUCCCAGACCCUGUGACCACCAUUCCCUGCUGUGAUGUCGUGACUCUGGUGACUUUGCAGACCUCCUGUGACAUCAUGCAGAAUUUUGUCUCUGCAUCUGCAUUGCUUGUGCUCUGCCUGGCUCAGACGAUCCACACUCAGGAGGGGCCCCUGCCCAGACCCUCCAUCUCGGCUGAGCCAGACACUGUGAUCCCCCCAGGGAGGCCUGUGACUUUUGUGUGCCAGGGCCCGGUUGGGGUUCAAACAUUCCGCCUGGAGUGGGAGGGUAGAUCCAAGUUCAAUGAUACUAAGGAUGUGUCUCAAGCUAGUCCAUCUGAGUCCGAGGCCAGAUUCCGCAUUGACUCAGUGAGUGAAGGAAAUGCCGGACGUUAUCACUGCCUCUAUGAAAAGUCCACCAGAUGGUCUGAGCUCAGUGACCACCUGGAGCUGGUGGUGAAAGAAACCUCUGGAGACACGGACUCCCCCGUCACAGAGCCCGGCUCCUCAGCUGGACCCAGGCAGAGGCCGUCGGACAACAGUCACAAUGAGCAUGCACCUGCUUCCCAAGGCCUGAGUGCUGAGCAUCUUUAUAUUCUCAUCGCGGUCUCAGUGGUCUUCCUCUUUUGUCUCCUCCUUCUGGUCCUCUUUUUCCUCCAUCGCCAGAAUCAGAUAAAGCAGGGGCCCCCCAGAAGCAAGGACGAGAAGCAGAAGCUACAGCAGAGGCCCGACCUGGCUGUUGAUGUUCUAGAGAGGACAGCAGACAAGGCCACAGUCAAGGGACUUCCUGAGAAGGACAGAGAGACGGACACCUCGGCCCCGGCUGCAGGGAGUUCCCAGGAGGUGACGUAUGCUCAGCUGGACCACUGGGCCCUCACACGGAGGACAGCCCAGGCUGUGUCCCCACAGUCCACAGAGCCCAUGGCUGAGUCCAGCACGUAUGCCACUGUUGCCAGACACUGACCCCAGGCCCACCUGGCCUCUGCACCUGAGGAUAUAAAGUCACUCUAGGAAAAGCCUGAAGCGGCCAUUUGGAAGGCUUCCCCUUGGACUCAUCUUCAUCUGGAAAGCGAGACAGGCAGCUGACCUGGAGACAAGAGCUGGAGACUGGAGGUUUCUAACCAGCAUCCAGAAGUUUCGUUAGCCAGGUAGUCCCUUCUACAAUUGAGCAGCUCCUUGGACAGUUUCUCAGUUGAUUCCAGAGACCCAGCUACAGUUCCCUGGCUGUUUCUAGAGACCCAGCUUUAUUCACCUGAGUGUUUCCAGAGACCCAGCUAAAGUCACCUGCCUGUUCUAGAGGCUCAGCUACAGCUGUCAGGCUAUUUCCAGAGACCCCACUACAGCCAACCAGCUGAUUUCCUGAGCAGUGAUGCCGCCUCCAAGCUUGUCCUAGGUGUCUGCUGUGAACCUCCAAUGACCCCAGAUACUUUGCUGUAAUUAUCUGCCCUGCUGACCCAGACCUUCCUAGAAGUCAAGAGCUAGCCUUCAGACUGCACUGUACAUACACAGCUGAGAGCCAAGCCCAGUUCUCUGGAUCAUGCUUUACUCUGUGCAUCAAUAAAUAAUUUUGAAUACCUCA